CAAGAUGUCGUCGCUUGAGCAGAGACUCUCCCGAAUCGAGGAGAAAUUGAAGCAAGAAAAUAAAGAAGCUCGAAGACGAAUUGACCUCAGUAUCGACAUGAGUCCACAACGUUCGUGCCCACGCCCAAUCAUCGUGAUCCAGCUCAGUCCUGCUCCAGCCCCCUCUCAGCGUGCAGCUUUGCAGUUGCCACUGGCAAAUGAUGGUGGAAGCCGCUCGUCAUCGUCGGAGAGCUCGCCCCAGCACCACUCGUACCCUGGCAGACCCCGACACAUGCUCACACUGCCCACCCCACCGUACGGCCUGCAGAAGAGCCUGGAGAAUGCCGAAAUAGACCAGAAGCUGCAGGAGAUCAUGAAACAGACGGGUUACCUGAAAAUGGACGGCCAGCGGUACCCUGCAGAGGUAACUGAUCUGAUCAGCGAGGGCGAAAUCGGCAGUGGCACCUGUGGGCAGGUGUUCAAAGUGCGCUUCAAGAAAACAGGCCACAUCAUCGCUGUGAAGCAAAUGCGGCGGACGGGUAAUAAGGAUGAGAAUAAGAGGAUUCUGAUGGAUCUGGAUGUGGUUCUGAAGAGCCAUGACUGCCCAUACAUCAUUCAGUGCUAUGGAGCUAUAGUCACCAAUACGGACGUGUUCAUCGCCAUGGAGCUGAUGGGGACAUGUGCAGAAAAGCUGAAGAAGAGGAUCCAGGGCCCCAUACCAGAGUGCAUCCUGGGGAAGAUGACUGUGGCGAUAGUGAACGCUUUGCUGUACCUGAAAGAGAAGCACGGCGUGAUUCACCGAGACGUCAAGCCGUCCAACAUCCUGCUGGACGAUAAAGGCCAGAUCAAACUCUGCGACUUCGGCAUCAGUGGACGCCUCGUCGAUUCCAAGGCCAAGACCCGCAGUGCAGGCUGCGCCGCCUACAUGGCGCCUGAGAGAAUAGACCCUCCAGAUCCAAGUAAGCCUGACUAUGACAUCAGAGCCGACGUCUGGAGUCUUGGCAUCUCUCUGGUGGAGCUAGCCACUGGGCAGUUUCCAUAUAAGAACUGUAAGACAGACUUUGAGGUUCUGACCAAAGUGCUGCAGGAGGACCCUCCUCUCUUGCCUCUUAGCAUGGGCUUCUCUCUGGACUUCCAGUCCUUCGUUAAAGACUGCCUCACGAAAGAUCACAGAAAAAGGCCAAAAUACCACAAGCUGCUUGAGCACAGCUUCAUCCGGCGCUACGAGGUGCUGGAGGUGGACGUGGCGGGCUGGUUCCAGACCGUGAUGGAGCGCACGGAGUCUCCGCGCAGCAGCCAGUGCUACAGCCAGCACCAACUCCACUCGCUCUUCAGCAGGUAGCCAGCAGAGGGAGACAGAGAGACGGCUGGAAAAGCAGAGGGAGAUGGACGAAGAGAGAGGGUUGUACGUGAAGGGGCAGAGGAACGGAAAGUGCUGGUUGAGGGAGGGGUGGAGCGCUUGCUUGUGGACAUUGAGGCAGAUGGAUGGAUGGAGUUUGAAGAGAUGGUGGGAGUCUGACUGACAGACAGACAAGGGGCAAGUGUGAUGUAAAUUUGAAAGAAAAAAAUUUGUUUAUUUUUGAUUUUUCUUCGUUCUCAUCCACCAGCCUAUCAGGACGGACAUUAGCGUUAGGAGUCGCUAGUCGCGCACAUUCGCAUGUAUCCCAACGCAUAUCGUGUCAUACAGUUCCCCUAUGGACAUAAGCUCUAGACCACCGCGUAGUGUGGAGUAGCCACAGAUGGGUAUGCAGCCCAAGGAGACCCGUUGGUGGCUGCGUUCCGUCUGUGUCUGUGUGUGUGUGUGAGAGAGAGAGAAAGAGGGAGAGAAUGGGAGAAGUGGACAAUGUGUGGUCAUUCUGCAUAGUGUGUGUACAGUAGUGAUCAUAUCGAUAAGAGGUCAUUCAGCCUUGUGCUCUCUAGGUUCAUAUCCUCCAUAGCCCCUUACUCAGGGACUGAACAGAGUAGUCAGACAGCACUGAGCCUGUGUGUGUGUGUGUGUGUGUGUGUGUGUGUGUGUGUGUGUGUGUGUGUGUGUGUGUGUGUGUACUAAGUCUUAUUAGACCUACAUUUUACUAUAUGGCAAGUCCUUCCUAUCCUAUACAACACAGAAUAGCUGCAUGUCCUUGGGUAUUUAUUUAAAGGGAUCAGGAAAGGACUUGGAUAGUAUUCUGAAUAAUGUCUGAUUUUUAUGUGUGCUACUUACAGGGCAUAAAAUAAUAUGAUGCUAACACAGCAUUUGAACUUGGAAGUAGUACUAUCAUGGACGAAUAUUUUGAUUGACUAAGUGAAAUAUAGAGAUGUUUGCUGAAGGGAUCUUGUUUUAUCGUAAAGAGAAAAUACAAAAAAAAUUAGUUUAGCUCGUAGCAUUUUUAUAUAGCCUAUAUUUUAUACACACCUCAGGAGUGUGGGAGGUAUGCAAGCGGGGCAAAGAUGGAGAAAGCAAAUCCAUAAAUUGCUUGUUUGGAAGAAUUGAUGUCAUUUGGAAGACGUUUUGAUAAAACGACCGUCCAACAGACUGCUUAAAGAAGUGAUGGAUGAAAAGGAAAGUUGUCGUGGUGAGCAGUGGGCGGGGGGGUGAAGAGCAGGAGAGGAACGCAGCCUACGGCCGAAGAGAGGAGGCUGAGGACAGAGUUGUGGUCUUGAAUAAUUAUUUCUUGAAGGUGACAGUGUCUCAGUGGAACAGUUUUGCACUGACACCCAGUGACACCAGCAAAUUCUCGUGACUGCCACCUCCAUCCCACCCCCAUCUCUUCCCUUUCUGUCGUUGUGCUCGUUCCACCAGUGAAUCCAUACGUCGUUAUCCUGCUCGAUGUGGUUUCCCUCGGAACGUUGGCGUUCCAGGAAACCUACGCGAUUCUCCCUCCACUUUCCACCACGGCAAUCCCAGGCAGCCAGUCCUAACGCACGCGCCAUCCUCUCAAGAGCCUCCGGCCCCUUAAAGCCAAACCGCACAACAAGUGCAUUGGUGGCAAA